AUGGAAUGCCGCAGUCUUCUGGAGACCUUGUUGCGGACCAAUGCCCCGCUCUGCGUGCUCGCGCUAGCCAUCUGCGGGAUGCGCGGUGCCCACCGCCGCAGCAUUCACUUCGUGCCAAGCCUGGCCUUGCCCGACGAGGACGAUGUGCGAGACCUCGCCCCGCCUCCGCGGCGCUGGUACCGGGCCGCAUACGCCCGGCUCCUCCGGCAUGCGGGGUCACUGGCAGAGUUCGAACACGCGGUCGGCCUUCCGCUGCAAGGGGCGACGGGGUCCCUCGUCGCAUGCCCGCAUGCCGCCGCCCGGGCCGCGCACUUCGACGCGCUCGCGGGUCUGCGACGUGCUCGGCGUAUCGGCGCAGCGGAGGAAGAGCGUGCGGCUCACCGUCUGCCCGCAGGUGACGCAGCACCACGUCUGGCGGGGCGCUCUCGAGGCGGUGCUCGGAGAUCUCCAGACCGACAUGGCGUCGCUGGACAGCCCUUCCCUGGCAACCCAGAUGGCCGAGCAGAUCACGUCUGCCUGAACCCGCUUCCUGUCGGACACGGUGACGUCCUCGUCGCCGUGCUGGAUGCGCCCGACGCCAAGGUAGAGGCCAUGAAGGCGGGGCUGUACCAGAUACGCGAUGUCGUCAUUGAGCGGGACAUCGCCUUCAAGGAGGCGUGCCGGCAGGACUGCCUGGUGCAGAGGAAGCUGUCCAAGAGCCUGGGCCACUCCUCCAGGUGCCUGUACACGCUGCUCCUCUUCUACUUCUAUGGCACCGUCCGGGACAUGGAGGUGCACGUCGGCAAGUGCAUUUCUGGCAAGGGAGGCAGGAAUGUUGCCAUUCACGCCGCGAAAUUCCUGACCGACGGUGAUGAGUUGAUGGCCAGGAGCAGCGUCAAGCAGCUGAGCCGCGCUCUCGGCGUCUUCCGGUUUGUCUGGGAGGCGGUGAAUACUGGCUGUGAUAGUGCCAAUCACAAUGGCAAAGAUGUUGUGGUCAAGAAAAAGAAUGAAGAUGCAAGGGGUGUGUUGGAGCUGCAACGGCAUCUCUGGAGCUGCGGCGUUGAGGACAAGACUGUAACAUACAGAGGAGAUGUUUUCCAUAUGCAUGAGAUCCAAUUACCAUGA